AUGGUAUGGAUCAAUGGUUGUCCCCAGUUUCUGAUAGAUUCCCCCAUAACACAUGAAGAUAUCAUCCAAAUCAUUCAUAUCCCCCACACACCACUUGUUACCAUUCUAACACCUACCAGUGUAUAUAUAUUCCAUCAAUUCACAUUACUUCCCUUAACAUCACAUGUCAGAUCUCCAACAAGUAUAGAGAACAAUGGUAAGAAUCUAGAACUUAAGGUAAAACACGUAAGUGUCAACACUAGCAAAUUUCAGAAAUUAAACACCGUUAAUUUAUUCAUUCAAACCGAUUCAAACUACUUGAUUAUAUAUCAAUGUCAAAUUAAUUAUUCCAAGUCUUUAUAUGAGGUACAUAAUUCCAAUAACGAGCUAAUUCAAACUGGAUUACCUUUGAGUGAUACAUCGCUUAAGUUUUCCUUAUCUGGGUUAAUAAAAUCAGCAACAAAAUCAAUUAUUCAUGGUAACGAAGAGUCCCUAGUUAAUCUUGAGAAUAUUGAAAGCAUAAAUAAUGCCAGUUUAGAAGACGAAUUGGGUAAUUCUGCAAUUGAGUUCGUCAAGAUUUCCAUUUUUAAGAUUUUGAAAAUUGGGAUCAAAUUACAAAACUUUUGGCUACAACAAAACUCCCACUAUUUGAUAAUAUUCAACAAUAACAACACUGAUUCUGAAGAUAAAACUGAAGAUUCUCGAUUCCAAGUGGUCAAUAUAUUCAACUUCAAAACUGAUUUAUUUCAGUCAAGUGAAUUCAGCUGGUAUAAACAAAACUCCAAAAUUACUUAUAUAAAAUUCAAUGUAUUUUUCAACUAUUUCCUUUUUGUUAAUAGAAGGAAUGAAUUAUGGAUUAUGGAAUUUGAUAAAGAAAAUAAAGAAAUAACAACCAAGGGUCACAAAUUGCUUAUCUUUGAAGAAGAAGAAGAAUUGACCAAUAUUCAAUUCUGGUUUAAUCCUCAAUGUCAAUUAAUAAUCAUCCGAGUUAAUCAUGAAUUGAGGAUGUAUAAAAUGGAGCAAAAUACAAUUGAACUCUUAAAAGUUCUAGAUGAAAACGCGAGCCCUAAUUUGGUGAUCAAUUGGUCUCCUUGUGGUGCUUACUUUGUCAUUACAAAUCCAAAUACAGGAUAUUGGAAGCUAUGUUCAAAAUUUGGAAAUGUUACCUUCAAUAGUGAAGAAACUUUACAAGAAUUGGAUGAUCAUCCGGAAGAAAAUCGAAAGUUUUUAAAAGCAUCAAUUAUAUCUAUUUCCGGAAAUGCCAUGAACUUGUAUCUUUUGAGUCAUGACAAGUCAAAGCUUUUCUUUAUCAAUCUAGUAAGAAUUAUCAGUGAUGCGCAGCGUGGAUUACUUUAUGACAAUGAAUAUAUCAGCAUAAUUCAAAAUAACCGAAACUUGAUUAGAUUCCCAAUAUUGCCUAAAUUUAAGAAGUUCUUAUCGAAUCAAGAAAUUUACAACGGCAACAUCAACAAAUCGAUUAAAAGUGCUACAGGGAAAUUUAGCCUUGCUCGGAAUGAUUUCAAUCAAAUUUCCAUAUCAUAUGGUGAUUGCUUAAGUGUGUCUACGCCUUAUUGUUCUGGUGAUGAUAAGAUCAACCACAUACUUUGGUUUAACUUCAAGAGUUAUUUCGCCGAAUCCAUGAAUAUAGUGAAGCAUUUUUGGUUUAAGGAUUAUUUACUAGUGGUUAACCGGAAAUCUAAACAUGCAUUUACUGAUGAUGAUAAUCCAAAUAGUGUCGAUUCAAAUGAUCAUUUGGUUGAUGAAUUUAUUGUGUUUGAUACCUCGUCAACUAGAUAUGGUAUGGGUGGAGAAGAUAUCAGUUUUAAUAGUGAUUCAUUGCUUUGGAAGUAUGACUUUAAAACCACGUUUGUUGAUAUUCAGAUUGGUACAGAUGUUCAGGAUAAACAAACAUGUCAUGUUGUUAUCGUUACUAGUGACUAUCGAUUAAUUGUUCUUGAUUUAACUAUGGAUAAAACAAUAACCAUCAAGAAUGACGAAACUAAAUUCUACAAGAUUUUUAUCAGUGUCCGGAAAACAAUCUUGUUAUCUUCCAUAAAGAAUAAGGUUAAUUUGGAUGAUGUUAUUCAAACAAGUAUGGUCAACAAUCGUCAUUUCUUGUUUUUAUUGGAUACUGGUGAUUUAUACCUUUUGAAAAACCAACAGCUGAAUAGACAAGGGUCAGUUAUCAGUAAUAGCUCUAUGCAUUCAGGAGGAAGCACAGGGGGGAAUAACUUGUAUGAUUUGAUUAAAUUGAAUGUUAAUAUUGAAUUUUUCAAAUUUAAAACAAUUAGAUUUAACAAAUCUUCAAUUAUUGAUUUCAUAUAUUUAUUCAACAGUGAACAUAUCUUGAUUUAUGAUAUUAAUGAAUUGAUUGACAAGUCAUAUGAUAAAAGUAUCCAGACAGCACCUCAGACUAGAGAUAUGCUUAUAGGUGACGACUACGAUGAUGAACUUCAUCCAAUACUAAUAGAAAGUCAAGGAAUGCAUCCGAUUAAGUUGGAUUCAAUUCUUGAAAUUGGCCAAGACACGUAUAAGUCCCUUGAUUUGAUUGGUUUGGAGAGUUUUGCUAUAUACAAGCAAACGACAGGAGGAUUACUUAUUAAGAAUAGAGUGGCUCAUAAAUUAAUCCUUAACAAUUUUAUUGAAUUUGAUUUACUUCAUAAGGGAGAUUUAGAAAGUUCGUUUUAUAAAUACAAACAAUUUAAGAAUUUCCAUUACUGUCUUGAAUUAUUAUUGUUUAAGAACUUAACUUUGAAUCAGUCCUUGAAAAGGUUAUGUCAAUUGAUCGAAUUUACUGAUAAUGCUGAAUACAUUUAUAUAAACUGUUUAAGAAAGAUCGAAGCUGAUUAUUGGCCGAGAUUCUUCGAUGUGUUAGAAACAACUCCAGUCAAAUUCAUGAAUAGGUUGAUUGAAAUUGAUAAUGUUGAAUUGUGUUACAAUUACUUGAUCAUUUAUCUCAAUUACAAGACCGAAGACGAAACCAAAAAGGAUCAGUUGAAUUCAGAUGAUAUUCAAGUCAUUCUCAAGAUUAUUAAAAUGUUGGAUAAAUCUGGGAGAUGGGAUUGGUGUUUUGAAUUAUGUAGAUUUAUAAAACUAUUAGAACCAACUGGGAACCUCCUUGUUAAAAUACAGCAAGAGCUUUCUCAGUAG